AUGGCAGAUUCCUCCCCUUUAUCUGGUGUGAAUGUUGUCCUGGUGAUGACUUAUGGGAGUUUGGUGUUUGUGUUGUUGUUUAUCUUCGUGAAGAGGCAAAUUAUGCGUUUUGCGAUGAGAUCCCGCCGCGGACCCCACGCACCUAUAGGGCACAAUGCACCGAAGGGUCUGAAAGAGAAGAUUGACUCUGGCCUGUCCAAGGUUCAGGAGAUCCGCUUUGAACCUCGACUUCUGGCUGAAGAAGAUCACAGACUGAGGCGUCAAUCACAACUUAGUUGCUACAACUACUUGUACAGAAUGAAAGCGUUGGAUGCUAUUCGAGACUCGGGGAUUCCUAUUUUGGAGAUAAGUCGGACUGCGAGCGGGUUCACUGGACGUCACUUCAGGAGCUGGCUGCUUGAGCUCAGAAACUCUCACUCUCUCAUCAAAAGUAGCCGCAGUGCACUCAUUGAUAAACUUCUAGAAGGAUAUGACAACGCUCGGCACGGCACCGGGGUGUUUGGAGAAGCAGAGUUUCUCGAAUACCAAUAUGCCCUGAAUGAACUGGUGGAUGUUGUAAAGGCCUAUUCCAGCAGCACGAGUCUGGACCAGCAGCAUCAGUCUGCGGCCAAGGACCUGACUGGAUCUCCCGUUCGCUCCACUCCUUCCACCAUCCAGGUCACAUACCUGCCCUCCACCGGCCAGCGCAGCAAGAGACCCAAACACUUCCUGGAACUGAAAAGCUUUAAAGACAAUUACAAUACACUGGAGAGUACCCUGUGA